GGGCGUGAUUUAUGCAAAUGACCCAAUUUUACUUCUAGUAGUCGUUUCUGGACGUAGAAAAGGGCUAAUGGCGUCAUUUCCUUUAUUCUGAUAAUUCAGAAAUCAACCUGUCUGAGCUCAGCUGUUCAGCCGUGGCAGAAAGAGUAAUCUUGAGCCUAAUUGGCAAAGCUAAUAAUGAGUGACAGGUGGGAUUCCCCAGGGGCGCCACGCCACGCCCAUCAAUCCCGUCUCCACGCCCACUGCGGACUCUCCUUUUUCGCUAGGCAGGCUGAGUCAAGCGGAGUGCAGGUGAGCUGCGGCGAAAAAAAGUGGAGUCGGCAGCAGGUUUCUCGAGCGCCACAAGCUGGAAAUGAAGAAAAACUUUCAGUGAUUUUUUAUUUAUUUAUUUUUUGCUGUUGUUAAUCUCUCUCCUCGUAAAAUGAACGGUGGGCUCUUGGAAAUCUAAAGUGUGGCCCCUGACUGUUCUUGCCGGCUACUGUAUUCCACACGGGACAGGUUGUCAAAAUGACGACCUCCGCCCUGCGACGGCAGGUGAAGAACAUCGUUCACAACUAUUCAGAGGCAGAAAUUAAAGUACGGGAGGCCACUUCCAAUGACCCAUGGGGUCCCUCCAGUUCACUGAUGUCCGAGAUUGCUGACCUGACCUUCAAUAUGGUAGCCUUUACGGAAGUGAUGGGCAUGAUUUGGAAACGGCUCAAUGACCAUGGAAAGAACUGGCGCCACGUGUACAAGGCAUUAACUCUACUCGACUACCUUAUCAAAACGGGCUCCGAUAAGGUGACCCAGCAGUGCAAGGAGAACAUCGCCACCAUCCAGACACUCAGGGACUUUCAGUAUGUUGAUCGAGAUGGGAAAGACCAGGGCAUCAACGUGAGAGAAAAGGCCAAGCAGCUUGUGGCACUCAUCCGGGAUGAAGAACGCCUGAGGCAGGAGCGCGGUCAUGCGCUGAAGACCAAGGAGCGCAUGUCUAGUAUGGCCAUGAGCAUUGGUGGUGGUGGUGGUGGUAGUAGUUGUCAUACCAGCUAUCCGAGUCGGCGUUCCAGCCAGCCCACCAUGUCAUCCCUGUAUGGAGAGGAGUUUGGAAGGUCCAGAGGUUCACCUUCUUCUUACAACUCUUCAUCGUCCUCUCCACGGUUCAUCUCCGACCUGGAGCAGUCCCGGCCACAGACCACUGGAGAAGAGGAACUCCAGCUGCAGCUGGCUUUGGCGAUGAGCAGAGAGGAGUGUGGGAAGCCACAGGAGUCUGUAGAAGUCGACGAAGACACUCAGCUGCAGAUUGCUCUGAGCCUCAGUAAGGAGCAGCAUGAGAAGGAGUUAUCGUCCAGGCAGAAAGAUGACCGCCAUUUGCAGAAAGCUCUUGAAGAAAGCCAGCUUGAUGGUGGAGAGUCUUCUCUGAUUGAUCUCGUGGACAUUUUUGGACCCGUACCCUCGUCCUCCACUUCAGGAGAUCCUUGGGAUGUCCCAUCUACCAAAGGUCUAGACUUAAUGACUGACCCCUGGACAAAUUCCCAGAAGGUUUCAUCACCUGCUUCAUCUCUGUCGGCACCAGACCCCUGGGUAACAGAUGGGGGUGCUAGUGAUAUCUCCUCAUUGGCUAGCUCUUGGCCCAUAUCGAUUCCAUCAGUGCCCACUGCACCGCCUCAAUCCUUGCCUUCCAAAUCCUGGAGUUUCAGUCCGUCCUCUUCUGACCCCUGGCAUUCCGCUGGAGGUGUCGCCAGCCCUGCGUCAAGUGACCCCUGGAAAUCUCCUGCUCAUCUGCCUGGAGGAUCCAUCAUUGAUCCCUUUGCAAAGCUACCAGAUCUAAAAGAAGAAGGGAAUGACAAAGACGCAGAUUCUAUUAAAUCAGGCAGCCUAACAGAACAAUAUUUUGAUGAGCCUGGGUCACUCCGUAGCUGGGACCGGCCUGCCGUGUUUGAAGAGAUGUUAGAUACUGACGUGAGAAACUGUAGAACCCCAGAAUCCUUUCUUGAUCCCAGCGCUGCUUCCCUGGUUAACUUGGAGUCUCUCAUUCCCACUUCAGGGUCAUUGGCUGCAAAGAACAAAAAUCCAUUCCUUUCAGGUUUAGCAGCUCCUUCUGCCUCAAAUCCUUUCCAAAGUGAGCGGCCCCGUCUCACCUUGAACCAGAUGAGAACACCGUCCUCCUCUCUUCAGCCAGGCUCCAUGUCUUACAGCGCCUCUCUGCCUCUUCCACUUAGCAGCCUCCCUGCUGCCAUGAUCAUCCCUUCUUCUUUCACUCAGCUUCCAGCUCCAGGAAUUGCAGGUUUCAAUCCCCCGCUCAACUCGAGGGGUGCACCACUCAUGCCCCUCGGCAGCACUCCCCCUUCCCAACAGAUGCUGGGUGGAUACGGCCAGAAUCCAUUUUUAUGAGGCGCCCCCUCCUCUCGGACAAUCAAUUCUAAGCUAGAAGCGUCUCAGCUGACAUUUGCCGCCUUUUUAAAGAAUUGCAUUUUUUGCAAAGCUUUUUAUAAGCAUGAGUACUGUAGCAAUCGAUGAUGGAAGCCUCCGUUACCAACUAUCCAAUACUGAAGUGAACCUUAGGACAGCCUAGAAUAUAUAUUUUUUAAAGAAAGAAAAGGCUGGUAUGUGAAUAUUAUGAAAUGUAUUUAUUAAAUUUUUAAUCUGCUAAAGGGGAAGCUUUUUUAAAAUCCAAGACAAGACUUUUUACUAUAGGAGAUUCCGCAGCACCAAAGACCUCAAGUGUUAAGUGAGUUAAGGGGACAUUUAAUGGGAAAAACUGCACUGUAGGUGAGGUGUGCAGCUUUCUUGAAGUGUUUGCUUACAUACGUCAAUAGGCACACAACGCAAGUACUGAAGACGGCAAUUUCUGUUUUACUUGAAAUUUAUGAGAAAUGCGCAGCUUUUGUUGAAAGGUAAAGCUAGAACCCAGGCAUUGCUGUUAAUGCACAAUUCUAAGAACAUCAGGAUGAGAUUUUUAGUGCAGCUCUCGUUUCAUAUACACCACAGGAUAACCUGGAGAACCUCAAGUCCAGUGCUGUAGUGAUUCAGUCCGUUUGUCAAACUUUGGGCCCACCAAAGCUGUAUCUGCCAUGAUGUCUGCUCACAUUCAUAGCCACAUACAGAAAUGUGCUUUCACUAAAAUGCUUCUGUAUGGAACUGAUAAUAAGUGCAAUAAUGUAUAGGAUUUACUGUUAAUAAAUGGCUAUUGACCUAUGACUGAUA